CACUCGGCGAGAACCAGCAAGUGGGCAGCACCGCGAGUUCUACGCGUCAGCUGUUUGGUUUGUCAACCAUUUUUCGUUUCGUGUUCUUAGCGAAAAUAAAUCUGAACGCGUAAUUCACUUGUUACAUUUGCGGAGUGCAUGUCCAUAUAAUAUAACAUAUUGUGCGGGUCUGCAAGCGGAGUAAAAACGGAGGAGCAGAUAACAGAUAGCCAAGCGACGCCCAAAAAGUCACAGAUAAAAGCGAAAGAAGAAGCUGCAGCGCGGGCCUUUGUUGUUGCGUCUGCAGCGGAUCCAAGGCAGCAGCACCUCCUACAUUUCCAACGCGCCCUCUUGACCCACGUCCAAUCACAUACGUGCCUGCCACCCACUGCGAACAUGAGCGGCGCUCGGGAUCAGUCGGAUCCCCCGCUGCUCCAGCUCGAGGACGAAGUGGAUCUCAUCGGGGACUUUGUCAAGGACCAAACGCCCCCUAGAAGCCAACUGGCUCCGCUUCUAAAUGGGUUCGAGUCGACUAACAACCAGUUGACCACCAAAGUUGAGAUCAACACUAUUGGUUUGGGCAAACACAAGACCAGGAGAAGAGGCAGAAAGGGGCGGGAACCCAUGCUAUUGUCGGUGGACGACGAAGAGGAUGACGAAGAGACGCCAGAGGAGAGGAACCACUCAAACGGGCUGCCGCCAGGGGAGGAGAGUGCUGGCGGCGAUGCUGGUAUUCAGAAACCGCAACUGGAUAAGUUGGUCAUGCUCCACGACGACCAGACCGACGACGAAGAUGGCGAGGAGGCAGUGCUGUUAAAGAGAAGCUCAAACCCGCGCAACCAGAGAUUUAAUGUUCGCACUGAGGAGAGCAUCGAAAGCACCCAACAGCCCCAGAUCAUUAGUCACAUAGCACCCGCGAAGGUAGCAUCGAUAUCUCCGCUAAAAACCACUUCGCACACUGCCCUCGUCCGUCAUCCGCAUGACGAGGCCGACGAAAUUUGCCUGGUGCCAGAAAUCGACUUCGAGGGCAUGUCCACGGACGCCGGCAGCGACAACCGCGAGUCACAGCCGCUCUUGGGUGGAGGCAGUGCCAGUCACGGAAGUCGCAUCAGCGAGCUGUUGGGUGGACUAGGACGCGGGCACGAUCAUGUGGAGUUUGUGUCAAACACAUUUGGCGAUGACCCGCUUUUCUCGGAGAUUGUGGCGAAGGCGGAGGGUGCCAUCGAGGAUGGUGUGCUGCCUGAGCGCAUUUACCAGGGUAGCAGUGGUUCCUAUUUCGUCAAGGAUGCCUCCCAUCAAUGUCUGGCUGUAUUUAAGCCAAAGGACGAGGAGCCCUAUGGUAGACUGAAUCCAAAGUGGACGAAAUGGAUGCAUAAGCUGUGCUGCCCGUGUUGUUUUGGCCGAGCUUGCUUAAUUCCCAAUCAGGGGUACCUCUCCGAAUCAGGAGCUAGCUUGGUAGAUCGAAAACUUAAUCUAAAUGUGGUUCCAAAGACGCGUGUGGUUAGAUUGGUUGCCGAGAGCUUUAACUACGCCCGCAUUGAUCGACAGAAGGCCAAACUGAAAAAGCGCAUCAAGGAGCACUAUCCGUCGGCUCACUUCAACCGAAUGAGCCUUCCUCUAAAGACUGGCUCCUUUCAGCUCUUCGUGGAGGGCUACAAGGAUGCAGACUACUGGCUGCGGCGCUUUGACAGCGAACCUUUGCCGCCUUCAGUGGCCAAGUCAUUUCAACUGCAGUUUGAACGUCUAGUCGUUCUAGAUUAUAUUAUACGCAACACGGACCGGGGCAACGACAACUGGCUGAUUAAAUACGUGGCACCUAAGAUCACGACCCAGGUGGGUGGCACCGGCGGCAGAACCAUGCACGGAAUUGUGAGACCCAAAUUGCCUAAUGCGUUGGGGGCUUCAAGAAUCGUUGAUCUAAACGAGCUGCAGGCUAUCCCAAAUACGACGGCCGAUGGUCGCGAAAUAAACCACCUGGAUGGUGGAGCAACCACCAAUGCACAGCAGGACAGCAGCAGUCUGACCAGCAGCGAAGAUGAACCCUCCUCGAGAUCCCCUUCGUCGGAGCCCGAUUGGAAUGUGGUGAACUCAGCAUUCAUUCGGAUCGCUGCCAUCGACAAUGGCCUCGCUUUUCCUUUCAAGCACCCGGACUCUUGGCGAGCUUAUCCCUACCAUUGGGCAUGGUUGCCACAGGCGAAAACUCCAUUUAGCGAAGAAAUAAAGGAGCAUGUGCUGCCACAGUUGUCAGAUAUGAACUUUGUAGAGGAGAUCUGCACGGAUUUGCUGUACCUCUUCCAGCAGGAUCGUGGCUUUGACAAGCGUCUCUUCGAGCGUCAGAUGUCGGUGAUGCGGGGCCAGAUUCUUAAUCUCACCCAGGCUCUGAGGGAUGGUAAGUCGCCGGUGCAACUGGUCCAGAUGCCAGCGGUUAUUGUCGAGCGAUCAAGUGGCAGUCGUUUCUUUUCUUUUACGCAGCGCUUCCAAAAUAAGAGCCCUUUCUUCUCUUGGUGCUAAAUGGAGUAUAGCCCCUUCCAACUCAACCAAAAAUCAAAUCGAGCAGCCGGCUACUACCGUCUCAUAUUUUCAUCAUGUAUAUUUCCAAAUCGUAAUCGGUUGCUGUCGGCAAGUAGCCCAGAAAUGUAUUUUGUUGUAUAUGUUAGUUUCUUUCGCCAAAAAACACAAAAUGUCAUAUUUAAUAA